CCAAUCUGGUGCGCGCACGCAAUUCAUAAUUAUUGGCAACUCCAGCACGUUGUUUCUGUUAUUUAAUUCACGAUCUAGUUUUAUAACAUAGUUUACUGCCAAUAAGGUAUUUUUAAAAUGCUAAAGCAUCUCGCGCAGUGGCGUCUGGGCAGCCAAUUGCUGAAGGCAAGUGCCGCACCAAUGAGGCAAGCUUCCAAAGCCUCCAGCGCAGAGAACUCGAUAGCCGGCACAGAGGAACCCCAAAAGAAGUUUGUCAAUCCGUUUUCCCAGCCCGCUCCAGCGUUUAAUAAUGAUGCUGUAUCAGAGACCAAGGAGGAUCGGGAUAAACGGCUAAAGGUGCUGCAGCUGGAGCUGGACAUUGCCCACCAGGAGGGUCGGCGCGUGCCGGCUCUUGAAUUCUUCAAGGAUCAUCAUUGGGAGCACGUGCUGACGCUACCCACAAAAUCAGCUCGGAUCAAGUACUUUGCUUAUCUCUGGCAAAUUGAGAUGAAGAAGGAGGCUGAGCAGCGCAAGAAGGCAGUGCGAGCGGAGGAAGCUGAACGGCGGAUGGCGGAGAUGCGUAAGGAGCGCGAGGAGAAUACCCACAUAAUCUAUGGGCUCGGUCACACGUCCUUGUUCCUGCGUAUCUACGAUACCACAAUUAACCACUGGCAAAACAACCGGCUGACACGGGCCAUGCAGUUCGCCCCAAAAAUUGUGCUGGAUUGCUCCUACGAUGAGCACAUGAACAGUAGGGAGACUUCGUAUGCAGCCAAGCAAUUGAUGAUGUGCUUUGCAGAGAACCGGAUGAACGAUGAGCCCUUCGACCUGCACUAUUGCAACGCCGAGAUGGACAGCAGAUGCAUGCAAAGCCUCCAACGCUACAUCCCCACCAUGCAUAAUCCAGAGUUUCCGAUUAACUUGCAUAGCCAGUGCUUUACGGAGCUGUUUCCCAAGCAGAACCUGGUUUACCUAACGCCCCACUGCCGCGAGGAUCUGGUCACUUACAACCCAGAUGACAUCUACAUCGUGGGUGCCAUGGUAGACACUAUGAACAACGAACCCCUUUCGCUGGCCAAAGCCAAACGAUUGGGUCUACGGAUGGCGAGACUGCCCCUGGAUCGCUACUUACAGUGGGGAUCAGGUUCUGGAAAAUCACUAACUCUAAACCAGAUGAUCAACAUAAUGCUGGACCUCAAGAAUACCGGCGACUGGGAUGCGGCCUUGAAGCAUGUGCCCCGUCGGAAGAUCGUAGAAAAUGAGUUCCGGAACCACAGGGAUAAAGAUCAAUGGGGCACAGGCACGCGGGCCAGGAAGCUUAAUAUGCGAAUCGAUAAUUUGCUAGACUUUGAGGAGGAUCGCCGGCAGGCAACCUCCUUUGCAUCUCCCCAGAAAGUACGGCAGCGACGGGAGGGCCUGGAGUUCCAACUGGACACUUGGGCAACGGGGAAGCAAAAGAAAAAGCAGAAGCAAAAUUAAAGUUACCUGUUGUAUUCAUUAA